AAUCCCAGAUAAACCUCUUUCAUCUCCGUUCCGACACUCCCGAAGAGCUCUCUCUCUCUCUCUCUUCAUCGCAAUGCACUCGCGCGCUGCGCAUUCCGCUGCUUAGAGCCAUGAACUCCGUCGCCUCCUCCAUCGCCACUCCGCUCCUCUCGCCGCAAUCCUGGCGGCCGUCUCCUCCCCCGGCGCGCUUCCGCUUCGGCUCCGCCUUCCCCGGCCGCAGGCCGCUCGCCCCGAAGCCGGUCGGGAGGCGGCGGAGGCCUCCGAGAUUCGCCGCCCGCCUGCAGGCGCUCCGGCUCGCCGAGCCUUUCCGGGGCUCGAAAUGCGGCGGCGGGGGAGAGGAGGCGGCGGCGCCGGUUCCGGAAGAAGCUUCCGAGAGCUUGGGUCGAGUGAUCCAGUGCGCGGUGAAGCCGUUGGCUUGCGCGGUGUUCUUCAUAGCGGUAGGUUUCGCACCGUUUCGCCGUGUUCAGGCCCCUGCGGCGGCGGCGGCGGCGGCCGUGGUGACGGGGCUGAAUUUGGAGAGAGUAGAGGAGGGGUCUGAAGCGAAAGGGCACGAGUAUUCGAAGUGCACGAAGAGAUUGCUGGAGAAGGUUUCGGUGGUCCUGAGAUGUAUGGAUGAGAUUAGGAGAGGGGAGGGACGCGUGAAGGAGCUGGAGGCGGCGAUGAAGGCGGUGAAAUCGGAAAAAUGGCAAUUGCAGGAGGAGAUAAUGCGUGGUAUGUACGAGGAGCUGAGGGAAUUGAAGAGAGAGAAAGAGGGGUUGAUUAAGAGGUCAGAGGAGAUUGUUGAUGAGGCGAUGAGAGUGAAGAGGGAGAACGAGAAGACGGCUGCAAAAGGGGGUGAAUUUGAGGAGACCUUGAGCAAAUUGGAGGACGAGUAUGAUAGAAUUUGGGAGAGAGUUGGGGAUGUUGAGGAUAGUAUAAUGAGGAGGGAGACGGUUGCAAUGAGUAUUGGAGUGAGAGAGAUUUGUUUCAUAGAGAGAGAGUGUGAAGCUCUGGUCGAGAGAUUCAAGAGGGAAAUUUGGCGAAAGAGUACCUCGAGUAGUGUGCCAUUAAACUCUGAAACCAAGCUUUCCAAGUCUGAUAUUGAGAAAGAUCUGAAAAAUGCUCAAAGGAAGUACCUGGAACAAAUGAUUCUGCCAAGGAUUGUGGAGACUGAAGAUUUUGGUCCUCUCUUUCAUCAAGAUUCAGUAGAUUUUGCUCUUCUUAUAAAACAAGGCCUUAAAGAUUCUAGGGAACUGCAGAGGAGUCUAGAAGGUCGCAUAAGAAAAAGCAUGAAGAAAUUUGGUGAUGAAAAGCGUUAUAUUGUAAAUACACCGGUUGAUGAAGUUGUCAAGGGUUUUCCUGAAAUCGAGUUGAAGUGGAUGUUCGGGGAUAAGGAGGUCGUGGUUCCCAAAGCUAUUGGGCUCCAUUUGUAUAAUGGGUGGAAGAAGUGGCGUGAAGAAGCUAAGGCAGAUCUAAAGAAAAAAAUACUAGAAGAUGUAGAUUUUGGGAAAGAGUAUGUGACCCAUCGGCAGGAACAAAUUCUCUUGGACCGAGAUAGGGUGGUGUCCAAAACAUGGUACAAUGAACAGAAAAAUAGUUGGGAAAUGGAUCCCAUAGCUGUACCUUAUGCCGUAUCCAAGAAGCUUAUAAACAGUGCACGAAUCAGACAUGAUUGGGGUGCUAUGUUUGUUGCUCUGAAGGGGGACACAAAGGAAUAUUAUGUCAACAUCAAGGAAUUUGAAAUGCUGUUUGAAGGUUUUGGGGGCUUUGAUGGGUUGUACAUGAAGAUGCUUGCUUCUGGGAUCCCGACAUCCGUUCAACUUAUGUGGAUACCUUUCUCAGAGUUGAAUUUUCAUCAGCAGUUCCUUUUGACGACGAGUCUCCUCCAUCAAUGCUUAAGGGGAUUGUGGAGGACUCAAGCCAUAUCAUAUGCCAGAGGUUGGGUUGUUGAAAAAGUCAAAAACAUAAAUGAUGACAUAGUGACGGUGAUAUUUUUUCCCAUUGUCGAGUACCUAAUCCCCUACCCGGUGAGGAUGCGAUUGGGAAUGGCCUGGCCGGAGGAAAUUGAUCAAACUGCUGGCUCAACAUGGUACUUGAAAUGGCAAUCGGAAGCAGAAAUGAGCUUGAAAUCCAGAAAAACAAAUGACCUCCAAUGGUUUUUGUGGUUUUUGAUUAGAAGUGCUGUAUAUGGAUACAUUUUGUAUAAUGUGUUCCGGUUUUUGAAGAGAAAAGUCCCUAUACUUCUUGGUUAUGGGCCUUUACGUAGAAAUCCAAACAUGCGGAAGUUUCGGCGAGUGAAAUCAUAUAUCCAGUAUAAAGUAAGAAAAAUCAAACAGCAGAAGAAGGCUGGCAUAGAUCCCAUCAAAACUGCUUUUGAGGGAAUGAAGAGAGUUAAAAAUCCGCCAAUACCAUUAAAGGAAUUUGCUAGUGUUGAAUCAAUGAGAGAGGAGAUCAAUGAAGUUGUUGCUUUCUUACAGAAUCCCCACGCAUUUCAAGAAAUGGGCGCCCGUGCACCUCGUGGUGUUCUUAUUGUGGGUGAGAGGGGAACCGGAAAGACAUCUCUGGCAUUGGCUAUAGCAGCAGAAGCUAGGGUGCCCGUUGUUAAAGUUGAAGCCCAGCAGUUGGAGGCUGGACUAUGGGUUGGACAAAGUGCAUCAAAUGUUAGAGAGUUAUUUCAGACAGCCCGGGAUUUGGCACCUGUAAUCAUAUUUGUCGAGGAUUUUGACCUUUUUGCUGGUGUCCGUGGCAAAUUCAUUCACACUAAAAAGCAAGACCAUGAGGCUUUCAUCAAUCAACUUCUUGUUGAACUUGAUGGAUUUGAGAAACAAGAUGGUGUUGUCUUGAUGGCCACAACUAGAAGCCUCAAACAAAUUGAUGAGGCAUUGCAGCGACCUGGUCGGAUGGAUAGAGUCUUCAAUCUGCAGAGGCCAACUCAAGCAGAAAGAGAGAAGAUACUACAAAUUGCUGCUAAAGAAACAAUGGACGAUGAGCUUAUUGAUUUAGUUGACUGGAGAAAGGUGGCUGAGAAGACUGCUCUUUUACGACCUAUAGAACUGAAACUUGUUCCUGUGGCAUUGGAAGGAAGUGCGUUUCGGAGCAAAUUUGUUGAUGUAGAUGAACUUAUGAGCUACUGCAGUUGGUUUGCGACUUUCAGCAAUAUGGUUCCUAAAUGGAUUCGGCAAACAAAAGUUGUGAAGCAGAUUAGCCGAAUGCUGGUGAAUCAUCUGGGAUUGACACUGACUGAGGAGGACAUGCAGAAUGUUGUUGAUCUAAUGGAACCAUAUGGUCAAAUAAACAAUGGAGUUGAACUUCUUAAUCCUCCACUCGAUUGGACAGAGGAAACCAAGUUCCCUCAUGCUGUUUGGGCAGCUGGUCGUGGCCUUAUAGCUCUUUUACUACCAAACUUUGAUGUAGUCGACAAUUUGUGGCUUGAACCUUCUUCGUGGCAGGGAAUUGGCUGUACAAAGAUCACCAAGGCACGGAGCGAAGGAUCUGUUAAUGCUAACUCAGAGUCAAGAUCAUACCUUGAAAAGAAGCUUGUAUUUUGCUUUGGUUCAUAUGUUGCUUCACAGCUUCUACUUCCUUUUGGGGAAGAGAAUUUUCUCUCUUCUUCUGAACUGAAGCAAGCUCAAGAGAUAGCGACAAGAAUGGUCAUUCAGUACGGUUGGGGGCCUGAUGACAGUCCUGCAAUCUACUAUCACAGCAAUGCGGUUACAGCUUUGAGCAUGGGGAACAAGCAUGAAUAUGAGAUUGCAGCUAAAGUUGAAAAGAUGUAUGAUUUGGCUUAUUACAAAGCAAAGGAAAUGUUACAGAAAAAUCGUCGAGUUCUCGAAAAGAUUGUUGACGAGUUGCUUGAGUUUGAAAUCUUGACUGGAAAGGACUUGGAAAGGACACUUGAAGAAAAUGGUGGAAUGAGGGAGAAAGAGCCAUUUUCCCUUGUUCAACUUUUUAAUGGGCAGCCUGUAUCUAGCAGCUUCCUUGAUGACGGGAAUGCAUCCGGAACUGCACUGUUAGGUGCCCCAACAUAGUAUUGAGGAUACGACAAUCAGCCAUCGAUCUUAAUCUUGACAAGCACUUGAAGGUUGAAGCAAAUUCUGCUUAUCUUUGUGUAGGCUGUUAAUCUCACGACAUGUAAUCUACUAUUUAUCCUUAGGAAAGAGAGAGUAGGUGGAGCAGUUUCGCGGUAAAUUAACUGUACAGGUUGUUUCCUUAGGGUUCUUUAUUUUUCGUUGCCCCCCUUUUUCCUCUUUGGUGAGAAGAGGCAUCCCGUUUUCCUUCUCACUCAUUUGCCAAUAAUCUUAUUCUUUGCGCUGUAACUGAAACUGUAAAAAUUUUGUUUUUCUCUCGGUACAUGUAAAUCUCACAAUUGAUUCCAAAAUACAGUCUCGAGAUUCUUUUCUUACCCA